UCCAGGAAUAAAUCAUCGAUUGGUGCGGAGAGCGGUCGCCUGUCGAGCUGGUGUCAUGGAGCUGAGCGCCAGGAGCCACAGCGUCCCUCUCCGGGACGGAAACAGGAUCCCCCUGCUGGGACUGGGCACCUACGGAGACCCUCGGACGACCAAGAGAGGGACGGCGUACGAGUGCGUCAAGCUGGCCAUCGAGGUGGGAUACCGGCACUUUGACGGCGCGCUGGUUUACUUCAACGAACACGAGGUGGGCAAAGCCAUCAGAGAGAAGAUCGCAGACGGGACGGUGAGGAGAGAGGACAUCUUCUACUGUGGGAAGCUGUGGAACACCUUCCACCCCCCAGAGCUGGUGCGUCCGACCUUGGAACGAACCCUGAAGGCCUUGAAACUGGACUAUGUGGACCUGUACAUCAUCGAGCUUCCGAUGGCGUUCAAGCCUGGGAAGGAAUUCUAUCCGAAAGACAAGGACGGAAAAUACAUCUACCACGAGACAGAUCUGCGCGCAACUUGGGAGGCGUUAGAAGCGUGCGUGGACGCAGGUCUGGUCAAAUCUUUGGGGGUUUCCAACUUCAACCGCAGACAGCUGGAACUGCUGCUCAACAAACCCGGACUCAAAUACAAGCCCGUGUCCAACCAGGUUGAAUGCCAUCCUUACUUCACACAGCCCAAACUGCUGGAGUUCUGCCGUCAGAAUGAGAUCGUCAUCGUGGGCUACUGUCCUCUCGGCUCCUCCAGAGAUGCUUCCUGGGUGAACCUGAAGAGUCCGCCCAUGCUGGAGGACGAGCUGCUGGUGUCCAUCGGUAAGAAGUACAACAAGAGCAGCGCACAGGUGGCGCUGCGCUUCAACGUCCAGAGAGGAGUCGUGGUGAUUCCCAAGAGCUUCAACCCCGACCGGAUCCGUCACAACUUCCAGAUAUUUGACUUUUCACUGACGGACGAUGAGAUGGAGGCGAUCGAAGCAUUGAACAAGAAUGUUCGGUUCGUGGAGCUGCUGAUGUGGAGCGAUCACCCAGAAUACCCCUUUCAUGACGAAUAUUAGUCCGGCGGCUCCCGACUUUCAACACAGGAGGUCACUGUUUCAGCACGGGCCACACCAUGGUUGACCAUUGAAGUGCCACUAUUUCUUCAAACUCCCUUUAUUUAUACUUUUCCCGGAUCAAAUUGAAACCAAUGAAGUUCAGAACUGAAUGUGCUUUCCAUCGAGACAUUGUUGCCACGACUACAAACUUACACGGUUGAGGAUUCUCGACUCACUCAGGGAUUGAAAUAAAAGUAUUCUGAAUUUGUGAAUUGACACAUAUCAACCAUAAAUAAACAAAGACUGAUGUUUUGGUGACCUUUCUAGCUAAGAUAUACUCAGGUUUAACUGCAUGCAGUUUGUUUUCAUGAAGACAUGUUCCUCAACCUUGUUUGUAUCAAACAUUACACCAGUUCUACACCAGGUGCUGCACACUGUGUAAUGUGACGUCACAACAACCAACUGUCC